AUUAGCUUCAUCACUGUAUCAUCAAUCAACCUGUUAUUUCCCAUCAUUUUUGGGGGUCUAGUCAAAGUGCAGUGCAAUCAGAGUCUCCAUUUUCUGUGUAAAGAUGGCAGCAAAGGCAAUGCUUUCAACCCAAGCUGUGUCCAUUUCAUCUCCUCGUUUCCAUGGCGUCAGCACCACAAACAAACUCACAAGGCCACAGAGCUUGGGAGCUCUGCCCUCUAAGUCAAGGAAAGGCAUGGGAGGCUUAAGUGUUCGCUGUGAUUUCAUUGGAUCUCCAACUAAUCUGAUAAUGGUGACAAGUACAACACUGAUGUUGUUUGCUGGAAGAUUUGGGCUUGCUCCCUCUGCAAGCAGAGGGGCCUCAGCAGGGUUAAAACUGCAGGACAGAGAAUCAGGGCUACAGACUGGAGACCCAGCAGGAUUUACUGGCACAGACACCCUUGCCUGUGGUGCUAUGGGCCAUAUCAUUGGUGUAGGUGUUGUUCUUGGCUUCAAAUAUUUAGGGGUAAUAUAAAACAUUCAUGGGGCGCUUCUUCUCUGGAUAUAUGGUCUUUGUAAAGUAAAAGCGUCAGCUUUCAGUACUUUUUGGUAUAUGUAAUUGUAAUCUGUAAGAAGUUGGAAAUCCUUUGGGUGCAUUUGGAUUA